CACAAAUUAAACCGAGCAAAUCGAGCGCUCACCCUUUAUUUUGAAGAGCUGUUUUGAAGCUAGUUAUCCGGUCGUCUGUCGUUAGCAUAUUUACAAGUCAUGAUAUAAAGUAGUUGACGCACUCAUGUCUUCAAUAACAAAGACAAUGUCCAAGUUCCGCAUGGCCGUCAUUCAGCUGCAGGUGGGCAGCGUCAAGGCGGACAACCUGAGCCGGGCCAGGAGGCUUAUCGACGAGGCGGCGCAGCAAGGCAGCAAAGUCGUGGUUCUACCGGAAUGCUUCAACUCACCUUAUGGAACAAAUUUCUUUGCCGCCUACGCCGAGAACAUCCCUGGAGAGUCCACCCAGCUGCUGGCUCAGGCUGCUAAGCACAACAACAUCUACCUGGUGGGAGGCUCCAUCCCAGAGGAGGAUGCAGGCAAGUUGUACAACAGCUGUGUGGUGUUUGGACCUGAUGGACACAUCCUGCUCAAGCACAGGAAGAUCCAUCUCUUUGACAUCGACAUCCCAGGCAAGAUCUGCUUCCAGGAGUCUGAAACUCUCUGUCCUGGCAACACCUUGUCCACCUUUGACACACCCUUCUGCAAAGUGGGAGUGGGCAUAUGUUACGACAUGAGGUUUGCUGAGCUGGCACAACUCUACAGCAGGAAGGGGUGUCAGCUGCUGGUCUACCCAGGGGCCUUCAACAUGACCACAGGCCCCGCCCACUGGGAGCUCCUGCAGAGGGCCAGGGCGCUGGACAACCAGGUGUACGUGGCCACCGCGUCACCUGCCAGAGACCCGAGCUCCUCCUACGUGGCCUGGGGUCACAGCAGUGUGGUAAACCCCUGGGGGGAAGUCAUGGUCCAGGCUGGAUCGGAAGAGGCCGUCAUCUACGCAGACAUCGACCUGCAGUACUUGGCUGAGGUGCGACAGCAGAUCCCAAUCACAGCACAACGCCGCCAUGACGUCUACACUGUGACGUCUGUGCCAUGACGUCUACACUGUGACGUCUGUGCCAUGACGUCUACACUGUGACGUCUGUGCCAUGACGUCUAAAAUGUGACGUCUGUGCCAUGACGUCUACACUGUGACGUCCGUGCCGUGACGUCUACACUGUGACGUCCGUGCCGUGACGUCUACACUGUGACGUCUGUGCCAUGACGUCUACACUGUGACGUCUGUGCCGUGACGUCUAAAAUGUGACGUCUUUGCCAUGACGUCUACACUGUGACGUCUGUGCCGUGACGUCUAAAAUGUGACGUCCGUGCCAUGACGUCUACACUGUGACGCCUACUCUACUACAGGAAAGUGCACACCUCGCCUUUUUUCCUCCUUGAUUGACUGCUCUGGCGUGAUUAUGACCUGAUAUUUUAUCCAUACCAUGGUGUACAUUUCAAUAAUCCAUCAGCUGCAAGAAGACAAUAAACUUUGUAGCUCUUUUUUA